UGUCAAAAUUGUUGUCACUGUCAUCUGCAGUGUGCUAGUUGUUUACCACCGCACGUGUUGCGUGUUGAUUCUGAAACUUGAAAUAAAUAUAAAUUAAUCAAUAAUAUGAAAGUGUUAUCAGAAGAAAGAACUAGGAUACUCUUCGAAAAACUAACGAAAUAUAUCGGCGUGAACGUAAAGCUUCUUAUAGACAGACCCGAUGGCACAUACUGCUUUAGAGAGAAAAAAGACAGAGUAUAUUACAUUUCCGAAAGACUUUUACAAUUAGCACAGACAGUGAAGCCAGACCAUUUAGUAUCGGCUGGAACAUGCUUCGGAAAGUUUACGAAGACCAAUAAAUUUAGGUUGCACAUAACAGCGUUGACGUAUAUUGCUCCAUACGCCCCUUUCAAGAUAUGGGUGAAACCUUCAGCUGAACAACAGUUCUUAUAUGGACAUCAUGUAAUCAAAAGUGGAUUAGGAAGAAUAACAGAAAACACAUCAAAACACCAAGGUGUGGUGAUCCACACAAUGUCUGACAUCCCCAUUGGCUUUGGAGUAGCUGCCCGCUCGACAACAGAGUGCAGACAUGCGGACCCGCUGGCCACCAUCGCUUUUCAUCAGGCUGACAUUGGCGAAUACAUCCGCUCUGAAGACACCUUGACAUAGAAUAUAUUGUUGAUAUCA